AUGGAAGUUUUACGUGCUGAAUCAAAUGAAUUUCAUCAUUUAAAAAAUAAUGAUGGCCCAACAGAUGCUUCACCAUUAUCAUCAACAAUUGAUGACAAUGAGGAAGAUGAUCGUUUUUCUAAUGCGAGUACCCACGAUGACAAGCCUCCAUCAACGACUACAACUAAAAAUGAAAAUGACGAUAAAACAAACAAUGAAAAUAAAGAUUCUUUAAAUAUUUCACCAACAAUAAAUCGUCCCAUAUCAACAAUUGAUUAUACAAAUCAUCGUGAACGUCUUGUAAAAGAACUUAAAGAUUAUGAAGAUCGAUGGUUGGCACAUAGAAAUUUUCUUCUAUAUACGCAAUCAUUUGCAAUGAAACCAGAAGAUCGUGAACGCUUAUUUUCACAAUUAAAUACGAAUAACAAUAAUAAUAAUAAUAAUAAUAAUAAUAAUAAUAAUAAUAAUGAAGAGAAUUCUCCUUUGCAUCAAUUACAAAUUCAACAACAAUUAUUUCAUCGUUUAUCAAAAGAAGAAAGAGAUCGUUUCUUAGCAGCUGCUUUAUAUCAACAGCAACAACAACAGCAACAGCAGCAACAGCAACAGCAAAAUCCUUACAAUUUUCAUUCAUACCCAUGGACAAAUCCAUCAAUUCUUUCUCCAACAGCAAAUAUUGUUUCACAAAUUCAAUCAUCUACGGAUCAUCAACAACCAAAAUCACCAAGUUCAGAUGACAGUGGAAAUCAAUCGAAUUCUGGUAGUACAACUGAAUGGACUUUUGAAGAACAAUUUCGUCAGCUCUAUGAAUUAUCCGACGAACCAAAACGAAAAGAAUUUCUCGAUGAUUUAUUUGCAUUCAUGCAGAAACGUGGUACUCCUGUUAAUCGUAUACCUAUUAUGGCUAAACAUGUACUUGAUUUAUAUGAAUUAUUUCGUUUGGUUGUUGGCAAAGGAGGUUUGGUAGAAGUCAUUAACAAGAAAUUAUGGCGUGAAGUGACGAAAGGUCUUAAUUUGCCAAGCUCGAUUACUAGUGCUGCAUUUACUCUACGUACACAAUAUAUGAAAUAUCUCUAUCCAUAUGAAUGCGAAAAAUUACAAUUAAGUUCACCAAGUGAAUUACAAGCAGCUAUUGAAGGAAAUCGGCGUGAAGGUCGUCGGCCAUCAUACACUUUUGAAUAUUCAUCACCACCGCAAAUAAUGCCUCCACCGCCUCCACCAACGACAACAACAUCAGCAUCAGCAAAUUCGUUUCUUGCUAGUCCACUUGCACACAGACCAUUGGAUUCAAAUCAUGCUGCAAUGGCUGCUGCAUUGUCUCAUCCAUUUUUUCUUGCUGCUGCUGCAGCAGCAUCGUCGUCAUCAUCAGCGUCGUCACGCGAUGCUAAUGAAUCAGCAUCUGCAUCGUCGCGAAUCUCUUCUUAUGAUGAUCAUCAUCAUUUAACAUCAUCAUCAUCAUCAUCAACAACAAUUAAACGAAGUUUAUCACCUUCAUUUUCAUCGAAACACAGUGAUGAUACAACAAAAAAAUUUAUUUCAACAAUGAAUAAUCAAAUGGUGCAUGCGAAUUGCUUUACACCUCCGACAACAAACUCUUCGUCUUUACUGUCACAUGUUAGCAAGUUGAAUAUAAUUGCAAAAGACAAUAAUCUUCAACAACAGUCAAAUGAGAAAUCGAUUCAACUUUCCAUCGAAUUAAAUGGAAUUGCUUAUCAGGGCACAUUAUAUGCAACAACAUACACCGGUAGCAAAGAGUGA